CCCCCGGCCGAGCUGGGGCCCGGUGCUGCCAGUCUGAGCGUGACACCUGCGGAGCAGACACAGACAGCGCCAGCGUCACGAUGAGCCGCUCCCCGCUGACCCUGCUCGUCCUCGGCCUGCUCGGGGGCUGCGCCGGCAAGCUGGCGGUGGAGACGGACGCCUCCCCGGUGCGAGCUCAGGUGGGGGACGACGUGGUGCUGAAGUGCCAGUUCUCCGUGGCGCAGCCGCCCGUGGACCUGAGCCAGCUGGUGGUGCAGUGGUUCCACCGGGGCGGGCAGCUGGUGGAGUUCGACAACGUGCUGAGCGGGAGCCGGCCGGGCGCCACCCUGAGUGUGGAGGGGCUGCGGAGCGGCAACGCCGCGCUCUACCUCAGCAAGGUGACCCCGGAGAGCGCCGGCAACUACCGCUGCUACGUCACCUACGCGCCCGACGUGCGCAUCAAGCAGGUCGUCCUCCACGUCGAGGACCCCUCGAAGCCGCCUGUGGAGGAGCCGGAGGCCGAGGCCCCUCACGCCUGCGCCCCCAACCCCGACCCCCUGGUGCUGAAGAAGCUGGACCAGGUGCUGAGCAUCCUGCAGCAGAUCAGCCGCAAGCUGGAGGCGGCAGGCGCUGGGGCUGGGGGGGAGGCCUGAGCCCGGCCCCAGCUCCAGGGGGCACCCAGGCUGCGCCGGGGGGGCCCUGAUCUCGGCACUGCGGGGGCAUCUAUGGGGCCAGCUGGGGGGUGU